CCUAUCCCCAACCAGUUGGGAAUAGGCUUCAACCCUAUUCCCAACCGGAUGGAUGGGUCAAAUAAGGUCAAACCCUAUUUACAGUCAGUUGACUUCCGGUCUAUCCCCCAGUAUAGUAUAGACUUCCUGCCAAUACCCCCUGUUGACCGGAUGUGUUGCUAUAUAAAAGGCCAGCGUAAACGUGACCAUGGCAUUUUAUAUAAUAAUCAAUUAUCCUCUGGUCACUUUCACUAUCAUUUAAGACAUUUAUUUUAAAAAAAACAUGGAAGGAAAAUCAUUCACAAAUUUUACUGAAUUCAAGGAAUUUAUCAAGAAGCAUGAAGAGGAACAGCAUGUUUUGUUUGUUACUAGUGGUUCUAAAAAGCUUAUCAAUGGACAUCCAGCAAAAGAAUCCAUACAGUAUGAGUGGCUAAAAUUAGUAUGCAAACAAGGCAGAGCCACAAAACCAACAUCGAGUAAAGGCAUCCGGCCGAAUCAAAGGUCAUGGAAACAUGAUUGUGGUGCAGUGAUACGUGCUGUGAUAAGGCAUUCAGAUGUUACUGGCUACCAGUUUGUCAUCACAAAGGCAAUAUUGUCACAUGAGAAUCACCCCACAGAUCAUUUGACUGCACUUGUGUAUCCUGAAAAUAGAAGAAUAAAGCCUGAUGAAACUGUGGAUCUGAUGGUUGGCACCAAAAUAUCACAGUCAGAAUUGAGACAAAUCAUCUUGCAGAAACAGAAUAAAUGUGUUCUUGGGAAUAAUGUGGAAAACUACAGGAGAAAACUGAAAGACCCCUGCACUGACAGUGAAGGAGAGAAAAUUCUAAAUAGUAUAAAGGUUGGUGGUGGAAUGGUGAAAUAUGGUGUGACACCAGAAAAUGAAUCUUUGUAUUUGGCAUACAUGACCAAGGAAAUGAUAGGUUCACUUAAAGCCAACAAAACCAUAUUGAUAAUAGAUUGCACUUAUAAAGUCAAUGAGUAUUUAUUUCCAUUGUUGAAUGUUAUGUGUAUUGAUGCCAAUGGUAAUGGUGUACCUGUGUUGCAUGCUUUUCAUGUCCCAGUGUUGAAAGCUACUUUCAAAAUAAUUGGUGGUCAAUUUCUGACAUGUGGGCAGCAUGUAGAAAUACAGAUGUUGCAUCUCUACAUAUUACAACUACAAAUCAUGUAG